AACCUGACAAUUCCCAUCGACAAACAAAUCAUUUUGAUUAAUUUAAAACACAAAAUUCUAGUGCAAAAAUGAACAUUUAAAAAAUCCUCUUUUGCCUAUAAAACAUCAUUCAUCCAUUGCAUCUAAAAUGAAUAAGAAAUAAUUUUAAAACUGAAAAAUUUUCAUAUGGCCCUAACCACUUGCGAAUCCAUCAUGCUCACUUUUGCCAUAAUAGGAAGCGCCCAUUUGAUAGUGACUUUACUGAGUAAACUGGAAGAUGAAGAUGUGGACUGUAGACCUUACAUGCAAAGACUGGCCAAACAUAGAUUUUUAAAUGAAAAUAAUAUUGUUAUAAAAGAAGGAACCUCUCAACUAUUCUACCAUUGAAUAAAUAAAUUUCGGCUUGAUUUUUAUUGUAAUUGUAGAAGACAAUGAUAGAUCUCUCGUACAAUAUGAAUAUUUAGCAUUAGGCUAACAGGCACCAUUAUUUACCCGCUGUUCUUCCGCUUGGAUCGCAAUUAACAACCGCAUUCUCAGGGAUCCCAUAUGACCGGCGAGAAACACAAAAAUUAAGUUAACAGCUAGCAAAUUGCCAUUUAACCUAACAGUAAGCUAGAAUAAUAAUUAUCUGUGUCUGUUAAUCUUCCUUAGAACUCGUCUUCGUUUAUUUUAAUUGUUUGAUCUCGAUGGCAAUAAGUAGGUAUAGGUAUACCAUAAUUACUAUGGCAAGUCAUUUCAGACUUUAGUUAUAGAAGUCUUCAUUUAUUUUUGA